GCUGGCCGGUGCUGCCCAGGGCUCCACAUUAAAAUUCGUUUCUAACAACAUAGAGGCUAGGAGUCAAGUAUGGGAAGCACAGGCACUCAUGCGAAGAAGGGAGAAUCCAAGGGUGAAGGGCUGAUUGACUUGGUCUUUUCCUGGUCUCUCUCUGGUGUGCUCAACAGAGAUCUUUACAAGGCCAAGGUUAAGCCAAUUCCAGAGACCUUUUCAUCAACCAAUGAGUAUAUGAACUCAUUUAUAGACCCCCUCAUAGAAGAGACACACAGUGGCUUGUUCUCAAGCAUUCAGACAGUGCAUCGAGCUCCUACGAGUGAAAUAUGGACCGUUAACAUAUCCAAGGACUUUAAACCUCCCAAGGACUUGUACUACAACAUUUCAUUGAAUAGAAGCAGAGGCGCUUCAAGUUUUCAAGGAAUGUACGAGCCCGAAUUUGGAGAUCUUAUCGCCUUGACAGAGGUCAGACCGAAAUGUAUUGCUGAUCUUGACAGGCCUAAAAGUCCUUAUGUUAUUGCUGUGGUUCAAAGGAUGGGAGAAUAUGGUUCUGAAAAAAUUGAAAUACGGGCGUCCAAGCCCAUCGUGUUGGGUGUAUAUGGAGAUCGACGAGAGGAUAAAAAUAAGCGAAGUCUUUUUGUUGUUUACCUUGCAAACAUGAUAACUAACAUAAGAAUAUGGACGGCAUUGAAGUCAGAGCUCGAAGGGGGGAACAUGAACGUCAUUAAGAGAGUGCUGCAACCGGAUUCCACUAUUGGGGAAAAUUGUACAAAUUGCUCGUUGGAAGAGAUUGACCGAGAUGUCGAAUACGAAGUGAGGAAUGCCACCAGUACCUUUAAGUUAGACGACUCCCAACAGGGUGCUGUGUUAAGUUGUGUUGCUACGGGAAAAUGUCAUCAUCAAAAUACUGUCAAACUAAUAUGGGGCCCUCCCGGAACUGGGAAAACAAAGACAGUGGCUUCAUUACUAUUUGUUCUGUUGAGGAUAAAAUGCAGAACACUGACAUGUGCCCCAACCAAUAUUGCAGUUUUAGGUGUUACUUCAAGACUUAUGAGUUUGGUGAGUCAUGCACUUGAGUAUGAUACUUACGGGCUGGGAGAUAUAGUUUUAUUUGGCAAUGGAGAAAGAAUGAAGAUUGAUAAUCAUGAAGACAUUUUAGAUGUAUUUCUUGAUUACCGCGUUGUUGCUCUUUCCAGUUGUCUUUCUCCAUUGUCUGGGUGGAAACAUAAUGUGGAGUCGAUGAUAUGUUUUCUCGAAGACGCUGAAAAGAUGUACCGUUUGUAUUUGGAACAAGAAAAGAAGAAGAAUGAGGACGAUGAUAAGGGAGAGGAGGAGGAGACAAAUUUUGAAAAUCAGAUGGUAAAUAACAACGAAGACGAAGAGGAAGAUAUCGAUCAAGACUCAAAUGAUGGGGAUGAGAGGGAAAUUUGGAGGAGGAAAAUUGUUCAGAUCUUGAAGGAAAACAAGAAAAAGGAAAAGAAGAAGGAGGAGGAGCCUUCAAAGAGAGAAGGAAAUUUGAAGUGCAAUAAAAGAGAGGAAAAGGACAACUCGACUCGAAGUAACAAAGAAAAAGGAGAAAAAGCGGAGAAGGAUGAGGAUCCAUUUACAUUUGAGGAGUUUUUCAUCAAGAGAUUUAAACUUAUCGGAAAUAAGCUCAUAUUUUGUAUCACAAAUUUGUACACACAUAUGCCAACUUCUUUCAUUUCAUUGAAAGUGGCAAAGAAGAUGAUGAAAGCUCGCGAUUUGCUAAAAUCCAUUGGAGCUAUGUGUACUCAUGCUGUUGCAAAUAAGGGUUUGAAAGAAGUCUGGAAUGGAGUUGACAAGUUUGGGAACACUAGUUCUUCCAAUACAGAGUGUGUUCAAAUACUUAGAUUCCUUUCUGACACAAUAAAUUUGCCAAAAUUCACUGAACACUAUGAAAUUCGGAGUUUUUGCUUGCAAAACGCGUGCUUGAUAUUUUGCACUGCUUCAAGCUCGGCUACAUUGCAUACAGAAGGGAUGGGACCACUGGAACUGUUGGUUAUUGACGAAGCUGCUCAGCUCAAAGAAUGUGAAUCCACUAUUCCUUUGCAGCUCUCUGGACUCCGUCAUGCUAUACUCAUUGGGGAUGAACGGCAACUGCCUGCAGUGGUUCAAAGCAAGAUAUGCCAGCCGGCUGAAUUUGGAAGAAGCUUAUUUGAGAGGCUGGUGACAUUAGGACACAAGAAGCAUCUUCUUAACGUCCAGUACAGAAUGCAUCCAUCAAUAAGCUUGUUUCCAAAUAGGGAGUUCUACGAAAGUAGGAUUUUGGAUGGUCCGAAUGUCAAAGAACAAGCCUACGAGAGGCGUCUUCUUCGAGGAAGUAUGUAUGGAUCCUAUUCUUUCAUUAACAUAAGCCAGGGAAAGGAGGAGUUAGAUAGGCAUAGCACGAAAAACAUGGUGGAGGUGGAGGUGGUUUCUGAGAUUGUCGCAAGCCUCUUUAAAGAAUCUGUGGCAUCAAAACAGAAGCUCCGGGUUGGUUGCAUAUCGCCUUAUAAAGCUCAAGUAUUUGCACUCCAAAAAAAACUUGGGAAAAUAUACAAUACAGAUUCAUACCCUGACUUCUCGGUUGACGUCCGAUCUGUUGAUGGGUUUCAAGGUGGUGAGGAGGAUCUCAUAAUUAUCUCCACCGUGCGAUGUAAUGCAAAAGGAGAGGUUGGCUUUCUUUCCAAUCGUCAAAGAACAAAUGUGGCUCUCACUCGCGCAAGGCAUUGCCUCUGGAUACUGGGAAAUUGUUCUACUUUGAUUAACAGCGGCUCUGUUUGGAGGGAACUUGUCAUCAAUGCCAAGGCUCGGAGUUGCUUUUAUGAUGCUAAUGAUGACAAGAACUUGGCUCAAGCUGUUGCAUGUGCCUUAGUUGAGCCUAACCAACUUCGCACACUAUCCAUAACUGAUUCACCACGGUUUCGUAAUACUAGAUGGAAGGUAUGCUUUCCUUAAU